GCUACGCCGCGCGCACUUGUGCUCGUGCUCCAACGUGAGCCUGCUUGCACGCUAAAAAGAGACCAGUAAUCGGGCUUAAAGUCAUGUCGUAAAUUAAUUUUUUAAAAAGUAGUUAAUAAAUAGCAUUUAAUAAUUAAUCUAGUUAUUCCUUUUUGGGAGGGUGGCCCAUAGUGACGUAGCCCAUGGGCAAGCUCAAGGGCCUGGGCCCAGGUUUUAUCCACACGUUCAUUCCUUCAUUGUGACUUCAUUCCUGAGCCGGGAUAACUCAGUUGUGGUUCGUCUUCAAGUAAGAUGGGUGCUGCAACGAGCCGCUUUAAAAGAAAGCACUCUUCAUUCAGGAAAAGUGUUCACAAAGAGGAAGAGGCAGCUGCGCCGAAAAUUGUCCUCUUCACUGGCUACUCUCACAAAAUGAAUCUGGCGUUUGCUUUGCCCUUCGCUGAAGACCCGCUUUCCAAAUUUAAAGUGUUAGUUACGAUGCCUUCUCUUUCAAGCAGUGAGUAUUUAGCGGACUCCAGGGUUUUAAACCUGUUAAAUAAGACGUUGUUUGUCCUUCAAAUGGAUAUUGAAUCGGACGAGUCUAUCAACGGCGUCCUUCGAGAGAUCAUGGAAAAUGAUGGAUUUAUCGAUGCUGUUGUUAUAACAUCAAACGUGCUACUCAAUGGCCAACUAGAAACUCACACUAUUGAUCAGGCGAGGACAAUAUUUGAUGUGAAUACGUUUGUUGUGAUAAAGCUGAUAAAGGCUAUUCUUCCUUUAAUGAAGAAGCAGCGAGAUGGUCGACUCGUUGUUGUAAGUAACCAGGCUGGGAUAUUGGGAAUUCCUUUCCACGCUAUCUACUGUGCAUCGAAAUUUGCCGUCGAAGGAUUUAUGGAAUGUAUCGCCCCAGAAUGCUUGGCAUUUAAUAUCUAUUGCUCCAUUAUCGAAACAAGUAUGAUCAAAGGUGAAGAAAAGACAGCCCAAACUCUUCAAGUUUCAAUCCGCUCUAAAAUGGAAAAUGCUGAUGACGACACUAAAAAGUACCAAGAUUCCUUCCCUGGGAAAAUGAGACGAAAGGGAUCUGUGAAAAAACUUGAUUUAGGAAGAGUAACUGAACUCAUACGAGACGCUAUAGUUGAAGAGAGACCUCAUCUUCGAUAUCAAUUAAAUAAGUCUUCAAAGGAUGCUGCCAGGGAGAAAUGGACUGAUGUACAUGGAGACUCAAAUAUGUUUGACUCUGCUGAACAAUAUUUGUGCGUUGAAACGGAGCGUCUGCGAGAAGCUUUGGAUAAUAUUAACAGCGCUGAAACAAAGAUGUAACUGACCAGUGUUUAGAUGUGCUAUUGUAUAGGCUCUACAACGCCAAUGACUUACUAGGCUGAAAAUAGUUUCCUAAACUUUGGAUCAGCCACGCUUUUUCGUUCGUGAUUAUUCUCUUGUUGAAGGUGAUCUGUUCGAUUACCACGACAACUCAAAUAUACAGAGUUCUUUCUCUACUCAGUCUGAACUGAAUCUAAGUUUAAAUUGGAUCUUAGCAAAAUCGUACAAACUCGGGACUCGAAAAGACUAUAUCUUCGAUGGUACAUUGGACAAAACUGAAUAACAACCUGUUAACUGCUCCUUGUAUUUGCCUGGCUGCAUGGAAGAAGUCAGCUACAUUGUUAAUUGUGCGCUUUUAAAAGUCAUAAUAGUCUAUAAGAUUCAAACUUUGGCCGGCCACCGUACCUCGCCGAGUUUUAGUGAAAUUUGGCAUGCAGUCUUGUUGUAGGGUCGUAUCUACCAAUUUUUUUUAAGCGAUGAAAACAUGGAUGGUUGCAAUUCGCCAUCUUUGGUUUCGGGGAGUGAGAAACUUGUCCUUUGCAGUUUUUAGGACCCGCGGAAUACCUUUAAUUUCAGCUUUUAAUCGAAGAUUUUGAGUGAGGAUUGUGCUUUAUCCAGUAGCAGAUAAAUCUGCGCUCACCGACAAACACAUAACAAGAACACAUCGCCUAUACAUACCAACUACAAUUCUGGUCAAAAGUCUUAGGACACUUUACACUUUUGCCAACAUAUGGUCUUUCUAUCCACCUCCCCCUCCCCACCCCCUCUUCUUUGUUCAUGGUGAUUCAUCCAAAGUAGGCCCACUAUUCCAACAUUGGCUGUUGUUGUUUUUUUUUGGGGGGGGGGGGGGGCGGGGUUGUUCAGCAAAUUAAAUAAUGACUUCCCACCUCAAAAUAAUGCGUCACCAGUUGGCAUUUUGUCAAGUGUUUCAAGGACUUUUGGCCAGGAUUUUCCGAAUGAGACUUUUCAAAAAGACACUAUAUUAUUUAGCAACAUCUCUUUGCUAUUGAGCCUCUCAAUCAAUCAAUCAAUCAGUCAAUCAAAUGAAAUCUUCAGUAAGUACAAUAGUAUAAUUAAAAACUAUCAUAUACUGUUUUACAAGAUUGCCGAGUGAGAAUCCGACGAUUCAAACACGCGAUUGAUUUACGUCUUGAAUUUCGCAAUUGAGUUAAUUUUUCUGAUGUUUUCAGGUAAUGAAUAAAUAAAGCACCGCAGUAACUGAAACUACAUUUCAAAUAAUUAGUACGCGGCCUGGGCAACGUUAAUUUACCGAAAGAAUUACGCAUAUCAUAGUCUGUGCCUCGUUCGUUGAAUAGGUCCUGCAGGUACUUACACUGGAGGUAACUCAUUAAGGGAUUUAAACAUCAUUAUAGCUUUUUAGUGCAGAGUGCACUACUGGGAUGGUUUUGGGGGUUGCCUGCCGCUAAGGCACUAAUUUGCUAUGGCGCUUAAGUGUAAACUUUAAUGUUUCUUUAAUAACGUUAAAUAAAGCAUUCAUUCAUUCAUUUUAAUUAAUUCAUUUCAUUAAUUUAAUUCAUUUCAAUUAAUUAAUUAGUCUAGAGGCACGGAAGUGGUGGGGCUGGGAUGUGAAAGGUGCAUGUUGGUGUAAGUUCGGUUUGAACAUCGCAAAGCUAUGUAUUUGUUUCAGGUAAUCCCUUGCUCUCCAUGUGGUUCUAUUCUCUUUAGAACAAAACCAAUUUGCUCUAAACGCAUGCUCAAAUUAGUUAGCGUUCGUGUCUUCUAUAUUAGGUGGAGGAUACAUCGCACAGGGAACAACGAACAAAUGUUGAGUGGUUUUCCUUACGGUGGUACUCAACAUGUAAGACACGUGCGUUCUAGCAUCGUUAGUGUUAUUCACUAUGUUUCCACGCGGUAUUUUAUAUUUAAAACGAUGAGAAGUCAAAGACUACUGCAAGGCUGAUACAACGUGGUAUAUUUAAAAUAAUAGGUCCGCAGUGCGUACAUGUGUGGUUUACAAGUUGUACUUGUAAUUAGGACGAAACUGAAUUAUCAUGAAAAAAAUGAAAGGCACUACUAAGAUUUUCAACUCAAACGGUCAGCGAUCGAUAGCAGGUGAAAAUAUGAGGUAUUUUAGAGAAUAGGGUGCUAUUACAGAGAAUCACAAAGUGUGCUCCUGUGGGGUUUCCAAUUAUUUAGUUUUAUUGUACUAGUAGUUAGGAUAUGGUAAAUGAAAUGCUGCUGUAUUGUAUAUGUAAAUGUAUUUGCUAAUUUGGGAGUAAUUGAAACUUAUUGCUUCAGCUUAUAACUAAAAAGAUUAAUAGGCCUUGAAAAAUAUAUCCCAAAACAAACUUUAAAAACAAACAAACAAAAAAACAAACAAGAAAUAUUAAUUUUUCUUAAGGGUUUAGCUCACUAUUUGUGAAAGUCGGCAAAAUCAGCAAAAGAUUAACUGAUUCAUUGUACUAUACAUUCAUUGUAUUAUUUCCUGCUGCAAAGCAAGCCCUUUAAAAUGUACGCAAUCGGUUAAUUGGAGAGCAUUUGCCAUUUUUUGUGUUAGCUGAUGAGAUGAGAUAUUUGUUACUGGAGUGUAGGUAUCUUUCAAUAAAUCAAUCAAUCAAUCA